UCCUUUUCCUCCCUGAGCAUUGCUGUGUGCCCGGGCGGCAGCUCCAGAAUGGCAUGAGUGCGUCUUUAGCAUUUACCUUCCAGAACUGUCUUGGUUAGUGUCAGCAGUGGGAUCAGACCAGGCCUCUGGCCCAGAAGCUCCCUCCCCCCUGAGGAUCGGGCCCCAGGGACCCCCCAGCGAUGGUGCUUAUCCGGAUCGCAAGCGUCAUCCUGGCUCUGCUCAGCUUGGUGCUGCUGGUGGUGGCCCUGGUCUCAGACAACUGGGUGAAGGUUAAUGAAGCAGAGGGGAGUCAUCUUGGGCUGUGGAAGAUCUGUGUGUCACAGAUUUGCAUCUUGCGUCUAACCAGAGUACCAGGUUUCUUCCACACCAGCAGGUUUUUCAUGAUCCUGGCCAUGUUCACCGGGUUUCUCUCCUUCUUCGCUCUCAUCGCCUCCUUCGUUUGCUCCCACUUUCGCUCAGUGUCCCUGACCCUGGUCUCCACCGUGGGCAGCUUCAGUGCAGGUGUCUGUGACAUGAUCGCGCUGGCCGUGUUCACCAGUGCUGAUUGCCAGCUCGUCAUGCCAGGAAUCCUCUCCUACAGUUGGUCCUACGGCCUGGGCUGGCUGUCCUGCUUCCUGUAUCUUGGAACUGGUGCGGUAACGCUGCUCACCCCAGGAUCCUCUUACAGCCGAGUGUGAGGCCCACGCCGCCCCCUAGGGAUGGAGCUGGGAGGGCUGGAUGGAACCUGCAGCGUCCUGGGGAUGAACCCUGAGCAGGGCGUGUGAACUUGUGUGUGUCUGUCUGUCCUACUGCCCUCUGCUGGAGGGGAUGAGCCCUGCUGUGUGUAUAUGUCACUCUGGGCUCCCACAAACCUCCAUUGCAGCAAUUACACCCCUUCACACAGACCCCCCCCCGUCCUCCUCUCUCCUUCCCGGGGCCCCCAGCUGAACCCCAUUUCUUCCAUGGAGAUUAAAGGGC